ACCCCUUCCAGCUCCCCCGAGCCAGAGAAGAAGAGUCGACGCAAGUACGACUUCCCCAUCGAGACGCUACAGGCGUUCUCGCACUUCCGCCAGGACGAGGCGGCCAAGCGUCUCAAGGUGUCCCCCAUCACGCUCAAGCGCAUCUGCCACCGCCACAAGUACCGCUGGCCCUACCGCACCAUCAAGGCCCAAACUCGUCGU